AUGACAGAAAUAGCAAAUCUUCUACAGGUUCCAUUAAAACAAGGGACAAACAAAAAGGGUGCAUAUUAUAAUAGAACUAUGAAAGUUCCAGAUGGAAUGAAAGAAUUAGUCCACAUUGUUGCCGGUCUUCAAAAGGAUGUUAAACAAAUGAGAAACGUUUUAACAUUACCAGAAGCUCAAGCAUAUGCCAAACGUCAUGGUCCAAAU